GUUGUGGCAAGCUUUGUUUCAUUCUUCUCCCUUCUUUCUCUUCCUUAAGCUUCACCUCAACUUUUAUCCAUCCAAUGGUUAUUAAAACUUCCCAACUCGCCAAUGUCAAAUCCACCGUUCAUUUUUCAUGCAUAUCAAAAUCAAACCAAUACCGUUCCCACUUACCCCUUAAGCCCACAACCGUAAGAAUGAGUAUGACUCAAACUCAUCACACGCAUCCUUAUUGGGCUUCGUUGCAGGCCGACAUUGAAGCCCAUCUCAAACAAUCAAUUACCAUCAAAGAACCUCUAGUGGUUUUUGAGCCCAUGCAUCAUCUCGUAUUCAACGCCCCAAAAACCACCGUGCCGGCUUUAUGCCUCGCCGCAUGCGAGCUUGUCGGCGGUCAACGCAACCAAGCCAUAUCCGCCGCGUCAGCCUUGCUGCUAAUGGAAGCAGCUACUUAUACUCACGAGCAUCUUCUACUUUCAGACAGGCCCAAGCCCAAGCCCGUGAUCACUCAUGCUUACGGGCCUAAUGUUGAGCUUCUAACCGGGGAUGGUAUUGUUCCAUUUGGUUUUGAAUUGUUAGCGAGAUCCAACGGUGGAGAAAAUUCGGAGCGGAUCUUGCGCGUGAUGGUUGAGAUCUCGCGCGCUGUGGGUUCAGGAGGGGUGAUAGAUGCGCAGUAUAGGAAAACUAUGGAUAGUGGAUCUGACGGUGAUGAGAUGUGCCACGUGGAAGGUAUUAGGCGCGUGGUGGAGAAAUACGAAGGUGAGUUGCACGCGUGUGGGGCUGUAUGUGGAGGUGUAUUGGGAGGGGGAAGUGAAGAGGAAAUUGAGAGAUUAAGGAAUUAUGGGUUUUAUGUUGGGAUGAUUCAAGGAAUGUUACAAAGGGGAUUCAAAGACGAUAAUAAAGAAGUGGAAGAGACAAGAAAAUUUGCACUCCAUGAAUUGCAGUUUUUCAAGGAUAGAGAGGUUGAUGCAAUUUCUACUUUUCUGAAUAUUUAAAUCGUGAUAGAUCAUUCAUAUUAAUUAAUUAAUUAAUAUAUCUAGCAUAUAGUACUACGUUGGUGCCGAUGUUUGAUAUUGAUAGAUCCUUAUCCCGUGAACUAAACCGGUUAGUGUAGCCGGUAAUCCAUGUUACCAGGUACAAAUUCCUAAUAAAAACAUUGCCAAGGUGGAUGGAUACGUUUCCACUAAUUUUGUUUAUA